AAUAAUUGAGAACAGUUCACCUUCAAGAUGGAUCUAGAUCCAGACAUAACUUCUGUUGUGUCAUUGGCAGAGUUUGAUGAGUUUAACCCUGCAGAAUUACCGCUGAAUUUUGAUAUGCCUGACCUAACAACUUAUAAUGAUUCAGUAGGUAUAGAAGCUGCUGAUGUUGGAAGUCUACUGGAACAGUUUGAAGAAGCAUCAAAUUCUUUAACUGGUUUUGAAGAUCUGAAAAUGAGCAAUGAAACAAAAGCCACUGAAAAAUUGGUAGAGUCAGCACCCCCAGAAAAAUCUAAUAGCAAGGAUGUACUGCUGAAGAUCAAAGCUUCAAAUAAAAGGAAGUCAGUGAUACUUUUGCCAAUGGGAAUGCCCUCAAAAAGAGGGCGUGGCCAGGCCAUUGCUUUAAAACCUACCAGCACCACUCCAAGGCUGCAACGAAUACUACAGAAGUCCUCGACAGAGGUGAGUCAAUCUAUUCUGGAGUCUAUGGAAAAGUAUUCCCCGAAGAAACAGCCACCAUGCACUGCCUCUGACAUUCUGGCAGAAGAGAAGACUUCUGUUAAUAAAAAUUACUACAGAGAUAUCUUGGAUCAUGACUACUGUCAGAAUGUACCCAAAUUAGAGGGCAACAAAGCACAGACAGGUGUAAAUUGUCAUCCGGGUGAUAUUCUGGACUUGGAAGAUGGAGAGAUUAUAGAUGAAUUUGAUGAUGUAGAGAUUGAAAAAGAUAAAAACUCAACAAAUACCACCAGGGAUGAUUUAAAAAAUAAACAAAAUGUUGCCAUUGCUAAGGAUAAUGUCUCGAAUAAGUUAAGUGAUUCACAACAGAAAGGACAGAAAUUUAGUGGCAGGAACUAUAGAAAGAGAGAGGAGAGUCCAUUUGGUAAGGAAGAUGAUAAAUUCUUCGACAAAAUUCCGUCCUACUACACAGCCUUGUCACUGAAUGGUGUCAAACAAUCUAAAUCUAAAAAGGAAAAUAUCGCUCCAAAAGAAGAUAGCAAUGGAGGCAUUACUAUUCAGGACUUCUUUGAACCUAAUCCCAUUCCUCAGGGAGACAACUCAGUCUACAGUAGACUGCCAGCUUAUCAUAGCUGUUUCACAAACAGUACCAAAUAUGACAACAACGAUGUCUCCUUGGAAAGCAAGUCAAGCAGUGGAUACUCAAGUAGGAGCCGAUCUCCCUACAUGAGCCAAAGAUCAAGUUCAAGGUCAGUCAGUAGAAAUUCAAGUAGGUCAAGGUCAAGGGAUUGUGACAGAAGAGGAAGGAGGAGGAGACGAAGUGGUACUUAUGAUUCCAUUGUAUCCAGAUCUCGAUCCAGGUCAUACGGAUCUUCAUACUCAAGGUCAUCUCGUUCAAGAUCUAGGUCAUACUCACGGUCAAGAUCUGGGUCAUACAGCUCGAGAUCUAGGUCUUCAUCUGUUUCUAGCAGGUCUAGAAGUCGAAGUAGAAGCUACAGCAGACACAGGGGGUACAGAAGUAGAAGUCGAAGCUCGUCACACGAGAGACGGUUGGCAGAACGCCAGAAACAUAGGGAGGAGGAGAGGGCUCAAAAAAUGAAAGACAGAAGAAUCAUUUAUGUCGGAAAAAUUCCAAACAACUACACUAAAAGACAGUUGAGGAAGAGAUUUGAGUGUUUUGGAGAAAUAGAAGAAGUUAGUGUCCAUUUCAGGGAGUGUGGGGAUAACUAUGGAUUUGUGACCUUUGCUUACACAUGUGAUGCAUAUGCUGCAGUGGAAAAAGGAAACCAGGUUCCAGGAGCACUAGAAUUUGACCUUUGUUUUGGAGGCAGACGACAGUUUUGUGAAGUGGAAUAUGCUGAUUUAGAUGGAAAAAAUGAGGUAAUUGAAGAAUAUUAUCCCCUUGUAAGGAAGAGUGAUCCUGUAGACUUUGAUUCCCUUCUACAACAAGCACGGAAAUUAGCAGAGGAAAAAAAGAAAAAAGCUGUGUGAUAUAUCAGAGACGCACCUUUUCAGGAAACCAUGUCUUUCAUUAAUGCAAUUGGUAAAUUAACAAUAAAGAGGACUUCUUGUGUUCAGAGUAGGUAUUUUCAUGUUACGGUGUUAAACACUGUGUCUCAAAGACAGUUUCAAUGUAUUAAUCUGGUAUUAAAAUGGUGUGAUUUAGGUCUUGUAUAGGUACAUUCUGGCUAAAUGGUACACAAGAUUUUCUGACAAUGAAGAGGAUUCACUUUUUCAUAUUGGUUGAGUUUGUCAUUCUUUGAUUUUUGGAUUUGUGGGGGACAGAGAAUUUUUGUCAAUUGACAGUAUUUGAUAAGAAUGGGAGAUACACAUGUAUGUAUAUAUCUUUGGGUAUACAUCAGAUUAAAAAUAUUGUUAUGUGUAUUUUUUAUGUUCCCUCAAACUGUUGAACAUUCAAGAUGUAAGUUUACUUAAGAGUUGUCCAUUUACAAACUCUCUGCUUUAAAUAACAAACAGUUUAAGACUUACAUGUACCUGUAUUUUAUGAUUUUCAAAGUUUGGCUUUGUUCAUCAGAAUAGUGCUGAUUUCAUAAACAUCUUCAUAUUGUUUAAUUUGCUAUAAAGAAAAAAGUGCCAUUACUACAGUUUCAUGUGCCUUUAAAGCUAUGAAAUUGUACAUCCCCUCUUUUUUAGGAACUCAAUAAUUUAAAGAUAGUGCUUGAUUUACUUUUGUGACGCAAAUUAUUUUACAGUUUUAAGUAUCGAUGAACAAUAAUUUAACACUAAUACAAAGUAUACAACAAAGUCAUUAAUUUGUGUAUUUUUGAAAUAUUGUGUAUAUGACAGUCAACAUCAUCCUUAUUCAGUUGUAUUUAUUCAGUUGUAAACUACUAUUAACAUUAAAAUUUUCAUCCAUGGGCGUGUCCUAGAUUGUGGUCAUCAUAAUGUGAUCAUGUUUGUGAAAAUUCAUAAAAAAUGUGUGGAUAAAAAUAAUUCUGAUGGAGAAUGAAUAAAACAUUAGGGAAGAAAUCACUGCAUUUUUAAAAAUGAAUUUUUGGAAUAAUUAAAAUUCAAAUUAUUGGAGAAGUAGAGGAUAGGGACAUAUCACAUUUAAAUGCCAGUAUUUGUUACAUAAUGUUUAAUAACUAAAUGAUUUAUUUUCAAUAUCAAGUCUUAAAUAUUAUUGUAUGGGGUCAGUUGCAUAAAGUACUCUGAUUAUUCUUUCCUCUUUUUCAAUCUAAUGUGACUUAUAUAACAAUAUGUACCAUAAAAUAAAAGCUCACACUGUACUGAUUAUCCUUAAAUUUCACUGCAUUUAUGACUGUUCAAAAAAUACAUUUGAAGCCAUAUGCCUUACUUAUGUGGUUAUGCCUUGUUUCUAUGUACUGAUGGUACUGUUUUAACUCUUGACAACAAAUUAUUAUACAAAAUGGUAUUUUAAUGGUACCAGGAUGGUUAAAGCAGCUUUAUCAACAGAAUGUUUGUUUUACCCAAUGUUUCUUUUUUUUUUCCCUCAUACAAGUACUGUACAAGUGAACAUUGCAUUAUUUUUUGCAGGAUUGUGUUUUUGUAACUGUUCAUUGCAACUUUCAGUCUUUGAUUUAUCUUUUUACCUUUUGUUCUUAAAAUGUGAAUGGUACACCAAAUUUGUUUAUUGCAAUAAGCAGUGAUUGCAAUUAUUGCAAAUAUUAUCAUGUGGUUUAUAUUUAUGGCUUUUUUUGUAAUUCAGAAUAUUUUGAACCAUUGUGUCCUUUAACCAGACUGUUUUAUACCAGUUAUUAAUCAGUUAUUUAGCUUUUGGUUAUUUCUUAAAUAUACAUUGUAAGUUCUUAUCUGUUAUCAGCAGAUGAUUAAUUUCCAUGGUGUGCAUUAUUUUUGUCAGAAUUGUCACUAUACACUAGAGCAAAACAACAAGAUUCACAUUAAAUUACACAUAAAAAUAUUCAAUAAUUUGAAUAUAUGUAAUUUCCUGGAGUAGUGCUGAUGGUUCUGUGACAAUUAUCAUUAUCAUUGUCUUUGAACAUUUUGUAUUAUCAUAUUCUUACAUUAUUUAGUGCAACCCCCAUUAUCUUACAUUCAUUGUGCUUGUUUUCCCUAAACUAUUUAACAAAAAUAAUUUGGGAUGUGUUAACUGCCAUUUUGAUCCCUUUUUGAGAGAAAUAAAACUGUAAAUGUAA